GAGGGUCUCUGGGAACUGUGUGCAUUUCUGCAGCAGCAAGAGAGAGCAUAGCUUAUAAAUUGGGCGAGAAAGGCAGCGAGCGCGUAUGCUUUUAGCACUUGUCAGGGCUGGAAUUGGAUUUUCUGAAUAUAGUUGCAGUUUUGGAGCAAACGAGAGUGUGCAAAACAUUUUAAUUUUUAUUGGGAAGAAAGCUUUCCAGUCGCAAUAACCUAGAGCUUUUUUGAGGCACUGAAUGCAGUAGCAGAUAUAGCGAGCAAAUCUAAUCAUAUAUAUUUUUUUGAAGAUCAGUGUGGCGAAACAGUGUUUCGUGAGGGGGGGUUGUAAUUGCAGGCUUUUUUUUUUUUUAGUUUAGUCGGUGUGGGGCUAUUUGAGUGCAAAGAAGCAAGUACGAGUUUAGUAUCAAAAAGCUGAAUUUGAAAUAGCAAGAAAAAGACAACAACGCUUUAUUCAUAUAUUUUUUAAUGGGGUUCCGUUUUUGAACGUCUAAUUUUAAAAGCUGGGCGAUCCUACAAUUAAAGGCUGCUGCUGCUGCAGAAGGACGACUGGGUUAUAUAUUUAUAUAUAGUAACAGGGUUAUUUCCCAAAAGAAGACAAGUAGACCGGGUUGGGUUGGCUGGUGAAGCCGAAGACGGAUCGCCUGGAGCCAGACUCAUCGUUCGUCAGGACGAUGGUGCUGGACAAGGAGGAAGGUGUGCCAAUGCUCUCUGUACAGCCCAAAGGGAAACAGAAGGGGUGUGCUGGCUGCAACAGAAAGAUCAAGGACCGCUACUUGCUCAAGGCCCUUGACAAAUACUGGCAUGAGGACUGUCUAAAAUGUGCCUGUUGUGACUGCCGCCUUGGAGAGGUCGGGUCCACCCUGUACACAAAAGCAAACCUUAUCUUGUGUCGCAGAGAUUACUUGAGGCUCUUUGGUACCACUGGGAACUGUGCAGCCUGUAGUAAGCUGAUCCCAGCCUUUGAAAUGGUGAUGAGAGCCAGAGAUAACGUUUACCAUUUGGACUGUUUUGCCUGUCAGCUUUGUAACCAGAGGUUUUGUGUAGGAGACAAAUUCUUCCUAAAGAACAACAUGAUCCUUUGUCAGAUGGACUAUGAGGAAGGGCAACUGAAUGGAAGCUUCGAAACGCAAGUUCAGUAGCCGGAGCCCCUUCCCCAUGUGAUGAAGCAUUACUGGAUAGUUCUGCUGCACUCCAAGUGAGGAGCGUCUGUCUGCUUGCCUGCAAUACUUUUGAAUCCGUAUUGGUCCAGAAGGACACUUGUACAUGUAGUACUUUUUUGUUUGUUUGUUUUUGUUUUGUUUUUGCCCCCCUACCCCCCAACAAUAAGCAGUUACACGUUAGAUGUACAGAUAUGCCUGCUUAGCUGAGCACAGCAUUGCCUGUAUGUUUGUGAUUAUUUUUGUUGUUGUUUUUCCCUUUUGGGUGGGGUUCCUGGGAGGGUCUGUACAGGUCUGUUUUUCUGUAUAUAUAAACUGGAACAAUUAUUUUAUGAAAAUGUAAUGCAAUUUUAUUACUAGUGUGAAUUAAAGAUUCUUAAAUGUU